AUGAGAGGACCAACGUUGAUAGCAAAGUUUGGAAUAAGGAAGUUCUCAUAUUCUACUGCCCUUCUUGCCAAUUCCUAUAAAGUAGCCAUCAUAGGAACUGGACCCGGGGGAUUCUACACUGCUCAUCACCUAUUACACAAAUCGUCCCCUGAUGUUAAAUUGCACAUUGAUUUCUUCGAGAAAUUGCCUACUCCGUUUGGAUUAAGUCGGUAUGGAGUUGCGCCUGAUCAUCCAGAGGUUAAGAACUGUGAAGAAUACAUGACGAACAUCAUGCGGGAUUAUUCCGGUGGUGACAAGCAUUCAGUUCGAUUUUUAGGUAAUGUUGAAAUUGGAAAGGAUAUCAGUUUGGCCGAGUUGGAAAAAUACUAUAAUUCAAUAGUGUUGGCUUAUGGGUGCACAUCUGCCGAUAACAAGUUGAACGUUCCCGGUGCUGAUUUGCCCGGGGUGGUUGCUGCUAGACAAUUUGUCCAUUGGUACAAUGGUCACCCAGAUUACUAUGAGUCAGGUCACAAAUUUGUCCCACCACCAUUAGACAAAGUUAAACAGGUGAGUAUUAUCGGUAAUGGGAAUGUUGCGCUUGAUGUAGCCCGGAUAUUGUUGGCAGAUCCCGCCGAGCACUGGGCCAAGACUGAUAUUUCUACCGAGGCACAGGAACUUCUUGCCAAGAGCACAGUGGAAAACGUGAGGAUUGUGGCCAGGCGAGGAGUAUUGGAAUCUGCAUUCUCCAACAAGGAAAUCAGAGAAUUGUUUGAAUUGAAAAACACAAGUUUCAUACCCUUGGAUGAAACUCUCUUGAGCUCCAUUGAUAAACUGAACUUGGGCAGAGUGGAUAAACGGAAACUCUCAAUUAUUGAAAAAUACAAUAAAAUGAGUGAAACUCCAUCUCAACGUAAAUGGUCAUUGGAAUAUCUUAAAUCUCCAGUUGAGUUUACUGCCAGUAAGACCGAUCCGAACUUGCUUGAAUCUACAACAUUUGUCCAAAAUGAACUAGUGCAUGACCCAUUGACACAGGUAACCAAAUGCAAGGCCACUUCAACCACCAUCACUGAACCCAACGAGCUUGUCAUUAUUUCAAUAGGAUAUCAAGGAAAAGCCCUUGCCGGCUUUGACGAUUUAGGAAUCUGGUUUGAAAAUAAUAAGCUCCAGAAUAAGGCAGGAAGAGUGCUUUCCAUAGAAUCCCGAGACAACGACGAUGUCAACUCUGUAUUUAAGAAAGGAUGGUAUGUUGCUGGAUGGAUUAAAAAUGGACCAAAGGGUGUUAUUGCCACUACUAUGAUGGACUCAUUUGACACUGCUGAUAAAAUACUUGAAGACAUUUCCAAUAAGCACGUUCUUCCUAUUGAACAAACAGGAGAUAUCAUUGACGCUCUUCCAAAAGAAAUUGUUACGUGGGACGAUUGGACAAAAUUGGACACCUAUGAGUUGCAAAAGGGCCAAGAAUUGGGAAAAUCUCGAUUCAAGGUUUGCAAUAAAAACGACAUGUUAAGUCAUUGUAAAUAG